AUGUUGCUUCCACUAGUCUUGAGCCUCCAGUUCGUCGCCGUUCGGCUCAAAAACUUCGGACCCAUCACAGAUCAUUUUGAGACGUGGCUUAACCAGUUAGUUUAGAAUAAACUAAAAUGUCGAUUGAAUAGGUUAUGUGGAACGCAAUAUUUUAUUAGAAUAAAAAUGAGACCGAUUCAUUGGAAAAAAAUCUUCUUUUUUUUCUUUUUUUUGUAGGAAGCAAACUUAUCGGUUUUGUCUCUCAUCAAUUUACAUAAAACAUAUUAGAUUACUUUAUUCAAAACUAUUGAAGAAAUAUAUAAAAUGAAAAAUUGUGGUCAUUCCGAAAAGCCAUCAGUUUUACAUUUAUUUUCACUGAACGAUAUCUGACAUCCUAACUUUUAAUGCUAUAAUUUUUGAGAAAUGGAUACGAGAAGUACAACUUUGGUCGAUCUGACAUGGGGAACUUUGGCAGUUUCGGAGGAAAAGCUGACGACAACGAGGAGGUCGUUUUCCCUUCGCAACAUGAAACCUUCUCCUUCACUUGUUCAGAUCAUUCACGAGCCCGUUGUUUUCAUUCACGGGAAUUCAGACGCCGCCCUGACUGCCAACGAUUUCUCAACAGGAUGGACCAAAACUGUCUCUGUAAGGACAGCCAAACCAUAUCGAAUAGUUUUCUCUGCAAGAUUUGAGCUGUCUUUCCACAAAAACUUUUAUGCAAUCGGCAAGAUCAUCGUUUGAUAUACUUUUUGAAAUUUUUUAAAAGGUGUUCUGAACUUUCGAGAAAAAUUCUCGAAUUUUGAGUCUCGAUUUUUCAACUUUGCAGUACUUUGUCUCUCAAAAUUACUCCAUGGCCGAAUUGUACGCCACAUCGUGGGGAAACACGAACACAACUCAAGCUGUUUUCAGGUUUAUGAAUUCACUGCCUGAGAAUAACCCGCUUCGAAUGCUUCAGAGACCACGACUGCGUGACGACACACCGACUACGCAUGUUCUUCGAAGCCGUCCUCCAGUACACCGGCGCCACCAGAAUCAGCGUCAUUUCCCACUCCAUGGGCGUUACUUUGGGUCGCAAAAUUGUGCAAGGGGGAUUCAUCACGGCCGACGACGGUUUGUUCAUUCAAACAUAGUAUCUAAAAGUACGCAGCUACACGUUAAAAUGUGCUCUAGGUACUUGUAACAUUGGAAAGUCGUUGACACCCCGAGUGAACGUCUUCCUUGGAAUCGCCGGUGCCAACUUCGGACUCUGCGUCUGCAUCCUUCAAGGAGAUGGGACGACGUGGCCGACUUGCAACAUGAAAGUCAUUCAACUGACGAGGUAGAACACGAAACCUGCAGUCUUUCAGAAUGGCUUGUGGCCUGGGGACAGUUGUGGCGAGAACCAGCAAGCGGUGUGUGGAAUCUCACCUCUUCCGAAGACGUGCAACUCGUUGCAGUACUCGCAGUUCCUGAUGGACAUCAAUGCCAGAGGGGCUCAUCUUGAAGGCAAAUACAUCUUCAGCAUGUGGAGCAAAGGUUUUGAUUGUUCAUCCGUUUUUUUUUCUGGAAAAAACUGGAUUGUUCUGUCAAGUUUCCCGCUGUAAGCAUCGGUUGCAGAUGAUGACCUGAUCGGAUACGGCGACAACGUUUGGGGCCGCUUCACCAGCGAAAUCCCCAACUCGGCAGGAAACGUCAUCUACAGCAACCGGACGCACAUGCAGACCAAAGAGGACUCGGCGGCAGACCAGUUCUUCAUCGUCACUCGUCACGCUCUCCCAUCCCUCUGA